CCUUGUAACAAUAAGAAAAAAUGGACGUUGAACUUAAUGCACCCGAGUCUUUUAUACUUUGUAAUGACGAAAAGUGCUCUAGUGUGUUCAAGUACUUGGACCUUUCUGUACAUACUAUUGUGGACGGUCCUGACCCAAGAGACCAUCUUGCUAAUGAGCGAAACUUGCUUACAUGGAUCCGAACAGGCACCACACUUUCACUUGUGGGAUUCAUGACAUUGUUGGAUAUGCCCACAAAGAACUUCGCACCUUCUUAUUCUCUACCUUGGACAAGUGAACCUGUUUCAUUGAAUGCAAAGAUCGUCUCAUAUAUAUUUGUUGGGCUAGGGUUCACAUGUUUCAUCUACUCGCUGUUUAGUUAUUUUAGAAAUCAGAGACAGAUUGUAAAGAGAUUACUUUGGGUUGGGCAUGGCUGGUUAGGAUACCUUGUAGCCACCGUGAUUAUGAUGUUUGUCGUAUUUAUCAUGAUUAUGGCUUUAACCGAAAUUCACCCUACCUGAUCACCCACACAUAAACCCCUUCUUUUGACACACUUAACCCCUUAUACACCUUCCCUAUAAUUAUCAUUCCGUUUGUAAAUAUCAAAACUUUCUUUUUAUUUCUUUUCUUGUGAAAGUUUGGUCAUCAUGGCUCUGUAAAUCAACUUUUCUUUAUCAUCCAUCUGUCUAAUCGCUAUGGAUACCUUUUGUAAUUCCUUUUUAACAAGUGCGUCUAACAUAUACACAUAUAUAAAAAAAAAUUAGGUUUUUAUCCCGUCUCUUUUAUAAGAAAUGUAAAUACUCUACCUUCAGGGUUUAAGGCCAGUACCUCUUCCAAUAAUUCCUUGGCCUUCUCAAUAUCCUCUAACUGCAAAUAGGCUUGACCCAUUCGGAACUUUGAUUUCGUGUUUUGGGAAUCCAGCUCAUUGGCUUUUUU